UCUGCAGUUUUGACUAGCGAUCGACAUAAUUUUGUUCGUAAACAUUUAACGUUCCCCGUGCUUGCAGUUUCGUGCGAGUUCCAUUUUCUGCAAGUUGCGAACAUUAUUUGGAACAAUGUGCUGGCUCGAAAGCCUGGGAUUCGUAACCGGUUUGGUGUUAAUUUUAAAGUCAAUUUACAACUUGAGCCAUUUUGUUUAUGUAAAUUUCCUGGGCCGAUUUAUUGGGCACGGGCUCAACAUCAGCAAAUGUGGACCUUGGGCGGUGGUAACGGGUGCAACAGACGGAAUCGGAAAAUCUUAUGCUCGUUUGUUGGCAGCGAAAGGCUUGAACGUGGUGCUAGUCAGUAGGACGCCAGCCAAGCUACAGAAAGUUGCCGACGAAAUCAAAAGCGAGUAUGGAUCGAUAGAAAUCAAGACGAUUGCAGUCGACUUCACGGAUGGCAACUCGAUCUACUCGAAACUUGAAGCAGAGCUGAGUCAGUUCGAGAUUGGCAUUUUGAUUAACAAUGUAGGGAUGGCUGUUGGGUUCGCCGAAUCCUUUGCUGAUAUCGCUGACGAGAAGAGUCUUAACGAUAUCGUCAACUGCAAUAUAUUAUCGAUGGUCCGAAUGUCCCGGCUGGUUCUACCCCAAAUGAUUAAGCGAAAGAAGGGCGUCAUCGUUAACAUCGGUUCGAUAUCAGGAGCAUUCGCUACCCCUUUCGCUACAGUUUACGGUGCAACCAAGGCAUUUGUUGAUAAAUUUUCUUGUGAUUUAUCGUCUGAAGUCAAAGAAUCGGGUGUUAUUGUUCAAACGGUUCAUCCUGGCUUCGUCGUCACUAACAUGUCGAAAUUGAGGAAGGCCACUUGGAAGGCUCCUACUCCGGAUAGGUUUGUCGCAGCAGCUUUGUCCACUUUAGGCCUGACCAAUCGCACCUCUGGUUUUUGGUUUCACUCAAUUCAGCUUUACUGGGGCGAAUUAGCAAAAUUCAUUUUUCCGGAAUCAAUGGCAUUUUUUACGAUUAAAUUUAUGAAGUCGCAUCGUCAAAGAGUACUCAACAGGCAGAGUAACUCAAAGUAAAAUCAUACGCUUAAUAUGCGUGAACUACAAUGGAAUCAUCUAGUG